AUGAACGCCCCCGGCGCCCAACCUUCCCGCGCCGGCGCACCCGGCGCACAAGCAAACCCCGCCGUCGAGUACCUCUGCGCCGACUGCGCCGCUUCGAACGAGAUCAGGGCCAGGGAACCGAUUAGGUGUAGGGAGUGUGGGUGCCGGGUUAUGUACAAGAAGAGGAUCAAGAGGAGUGUCCAGUUUGAGGCGCGAUAG